CAAUCCAUUUUCCUCUGUACGCGUGUCUACGCUUACUUCAAGUCUCCUCAACGUGCCGCUCUCGCAAUCCUCAGCUCUUCUGUGCUCAUUCGACAGCAGGGGGCCACCGGCCGCUAGGACCGAUCGAGAUAUCUGAGCUUCACUCUCUCUUUUUGUUGGAUUUAUCAUUUAUCCCUCUCUCCGAAGCAUCGAAGAUAUUUGAUUCUUCAACAUUUAUUGGAGGUAAGGGUGUGCUGUAUUUUUCAGGUAAGAGGGAUGGAGGGGAGAUACGAGCCUUUGAAGGAAUUAGGCGCAGGGAACUUCGGCGUAGCAAGGCUGGUCAGGGACAAGAAGACCAAGGAGCUCGUGGCCGUGAAGUACAUCGAGAGGGGGAAGAAGAUUGAUGAGAAUGUUCAGCGAGAAAUUAUUAAUCAUAGAUCAUUGAGGCACCCCAACAUUAUUCGAUUUAGAGAGGUUCAGCUUACUCAGAAUCACCUAGCUAUUAUCAUGGAAUAUGCUGCUGGUGGGGAGCUAUUUGAAAGAAUAUGCAAUGCUGGCCGAUUUAGCGAGGAUGAGGCAAGGUUUUUCUUCCAGCAGCUGAUAUCAGGGGUCAGCUAUUGCCAUUCAAUGGAGAUUUGUCACCGUGACCUUAAGCUGGAGAACACAUUAUUGGAUGGAAGUCCUGCACCCCGCGUUAAAAUAUGCGAUUUUGGCUACUCAAAGUCUGCCCUGUUGCAUUCACAACCCAAGUCAACAGUUGGUACCCCAGCUUAUAUAGCACCAGAGGUUCUUUCGCGAAAGGAAUAUGAUGGCAAGAUUGCUGAUGUUUGGUCUUGCGGUGUCACGCUUUAUGUAAUGCUGGUGGGAUCAUAUCCAUUCGAGGAACCUGAUGAUCCCAAAAAUUUUCGAAAAACAAUCAGUCGAAUCUUGGCAGUUCAAUACUCCAUUCCUGAAUAUGUUCGAGUAUCUGCUGACUGUAGGCAGCUUCUCUCUCGCAUCUUCGUUUCCAACCCUUCCAAGAACUUGCCGAGGGAGCUUGCGGAUGAGAAGAACUUCGAAAAAGGAUAUGGUGAUAAUGAGAUACAGAGCGUCGAAGAGAUAAUGAGGAUCAUUCAAGAGGCAAAAACUCCGGGUGUUGCAUCUCAGUCAGUAGACCAAUCUGCCUCAGGCCUAGAUGAUACUGAUGCAGAUACUGAAGAAGUUGACGACAGUGGUGAUUUCUUGGGGAUCAUUUGAAAAAUGAAUUUCAUCGAACAGAAAGAGGAAAUCUCAACGCAGAAAGAAGACUGAUAUAAUGGCAGAGUAACGGUCGAUUCAAGCAUUACAGAUUCUACAAGCGCUCCUGUUUUUUUGCUUGUGCUAAAAACUGUACAGUGUUAAAUUGCAUGUGCACUGCUUUUUAAUUAAUAUAACUGUUGCAUUCAAUAGGUGAUUAUUACAAA